GAUGCCAGCCCCCAUCAGACUGCGGGAGUUGAUCCGGACCAUCCGGACAGCAAGAACCCAGGCAGAAGAGCGUGAGAUGAUCCAAAAGGAAUGUGCUGCUAUCCGGUCAUCCUUCCGAGAGGAAGAUAACACAUACCGAUGCAGAAAUGUGGCAAAGCUGCUGUAUAUGCACAUGCUGGGAUACCCUGCGCAUUUUGGACAGUUGGAGUGCCUCAAGCUCAUUGCCUCUCAGAAAUUCACAGACAAGCGCAUUGGGUAUUUAGGUGCCAUGUUGCUGCUGGAUGAGAGACAGGAUGUCCAUCUUCUUAUGACCAAUUGCAUCAAGAAUGACCUUAAUCAUAGCACGCAAUAUGUGCAGGGGCUGGCACUCUGCACUCUUGGCUGCAUGGGCUCCUCAGAAAUGUGCAGAGACCUUGCAGGAGAGGUGGAAAAGCUCCUCAAAACUUCCAACUCCUAUCUUAGGAAGAAGGCAGCAUUGUGCGCUGUUCAUGUCAUUAGAAAGGUGCCUGAACUCAUGGAGAUGUUCCUGCCAGCCACCAAAAACUUGCUGAAUGAGAAGAACCAUGGUGUUCUUCACACAUCAGUUGUCCUCCUCACAGAGAUGUGUGAGAGAAGCCCAGACAUGCUCGCACACUUUAGAAAGCUUGUUCCCCAAUUAGUUCGUAUUCUGAAGAACCUUAUCAUGUCUGGAUAUUCGCCAGAGCAUGAUGUGUCUGGGAUCAGUGACCCCUUUUUGCAGGUACGAAUCCUGCGGUUACUAAGAAUUUUAGGGCGAAAUGAUGACGAUUCUAGUGAAGCAAUGAACGAUAUACUUGCACAGGUUGCCACUAAUACAGAAACAAGUAAAAACGUGGGAAAUGCCAUUCUCUAUGAAACUGUGCUGACUAUUAUGGACAUAAAAUCUGAGAGUGGACUGAGAGUGUUAGCCAUUAACAUCCUAGGCCGUUUCUUAUUAAACAACGACAAAAAUAUUAGAUAUGUAGCUCUGACGUCAUUGUUGAAAACUGUGCAGACAGACCAUAAUGCAGUACAACGGCAUAGAAGCACGAUUGUGGACUGCUUGAAGGAUCUGGAUGUCUCCAUUAAAAGGCGUGCAAUGGAACUGAGUUUUGCUCUUGUUAAUGGGAAUAAUGUCCGUGGAAUGAUGAAGGAGUUGCUGUAUUUCCUAGAUUCCUGUGAACCAGAGUUCAAGGCAGACUGUGCAUCUGGAAUAUUCCUUGCAGCUGAAAAAUAUGCUCCUUCCAAACGCUGGCACAUAGACACAAUUAUGAGAGUCUUAACAACGGCAGGAAGUUACGUCCGUGAUGAUGCUGUUCCCAAUCUGAUACAACUAAUAACCAAUAGUGUGGAGAUGCAUGCCUACACUGUGCAGAGACUCUACAAAGCCAUCCUCGGUGAUUACUCCCAGCAGCCCCUGGUGCAAGUGGCCUCUUGGUGCAUAGGAGAGUAUGGAGAUCUCCUGGUGUCUGGUCAGUGUGAAGAGGAGGAACCAAUACAGGUAACAGAGGAUGAAGUUCUUGAUAUUUUAGAAAGCGUCCUGAUAUCUAAUAUGUCUGCAUCUGUUACACGAGGCUAUGCUCUCACUGCCAUCAUGAAGCUUUCCACAAGGUUCACCUGCACUGUCAAUCGCAUCAAGAAGGUGGUUUCCAUUUACGGCAGCAGCAUCGAUGUGGAGCUACAGCAGAGGGCAGUGGAAUAUAAUGCACUUUUCAAGAAAUAUGAUCACAUGAGGCCAGCCCUGCUUGAGAGAAUGCCAGUAAUGGAGAAAGUCACCACAAAUGGCCCUACUGAGAUUGUACAGACCAACGGGGAGACAGAGCCAGCGGUACUGGAAACCAAACCUCCACCCUCCGGAUUGCAGCCUGCUAGCCAGGCAAAUGAUUUGUUGGACUUGUUGGGGGGAAGUGAUAUAACACCUGUAAUCCCCACUGCACCUACAAGCAAGCCAGCCUCUGCUGGUGGGGAGCUCCUUGACCUCCUGGGAGACCUCAACCUAACAGGUGAGCAGGCUGCAGCUCGUUCUCCAGUAUCUGCCCCUGCACCCCAGAUAGCACAGCCUCCGUUCCUGCUUGAUGGACUUUCGUCACAGCCUCUCUUCAAUGAUAUUGCUGCAGGAAUCCCCUCAAUUACUGCGUACAACAAGAAUGGGCUGAAGAUUGACUUCACCUUUGAGAGGUCGAACACCAACCCUAGCGUCACUGUAAUCACGAUACAGGCCUCCAACAGCACAGAGCUGGAUAUGACAGAUUUUGUUUUCCAAGCUGCAGUACCAAAGACAUUCCAGCUGCAGCUCCUGUCUCCCAGCAGCAGUGUCAUCCCUGCAUUUAACUCUGGGACCAUCACACAGGUCAUUAAAGUCCUGAAUCCACAAAAGCAACAACUACGUAUGCGGAUCAAGUUGACGUAUAAUCACAAGGGCUCAGCAAUGCAGGAUCUAGCAGAAGUCAACAACUUCCCCCCUCAGUCUUGGCAGUGAGGCUCUGGCACCGUUCUUAUUCUCACCCCACCCAAUCAAAAGAACUCUGGGAAGAAGGUUAUGAUCCUUGGCAAUCCCCCAAACUGCACCAUGGGCAUGGGGAACAGAUGAGACCUGCUGAUGAGGAGGAAUUUUCCUGAAGUGAUUGCUGACUUUGAAGCAUAUCUGUUAAGACUAAUCUUCUCUCCUCCGCUGAUGAGGCUGGUGGCUUGUGGAGGCUACUGUGCACUCCCUCACACAUGCAUUCACAGCCAGAAGCAACAUUCCCUUCUCCCCUCCCUUCCCCACCCCCCCAGCCCCCCUGCAAAGAAACACAGCCUGGUUUGGAAGGGAAGUCUGGAAUUUCUAGCAGGGAAACUUUCUUCUGUGUGCAGCAAGUGAACAGCUGCCCCUUCUUUCUUCUGUCUUUUCCCUGGGCUGGGCAAGGCGUGUUGUCAUUCAUUACUAGCUGGAUUCCUUCAGGCACUUUCAUCUGAGGCUCAGACUGGGGACUUGGGGAAUGUCAGGCUGUCCUGCCUUUCUUCUUGUAUCCCUUACGUCUGAAGGGGCUGGAGGCUUCUUACGGCCUAUUCAGUGCAUUAUUGUAUACACCCGCCUCUUAGUUAUGUGAUACAUACCAAGAGCAAGUUAGGCCUUGGGACUUCAUCUGCAAACCUGGGACAGUGCAGGAAAAGAGGUGCUGGUGAGAGUUGAUAAAGUUGCUUUGGUGCUGUACUUGGAAAUGAAGACCUUACACUUGAAUUUUCUUUCUUUCCAUCAAUAGCUACAGCCAUGCAGAUUCCCAGACAGGCUUCUGUAGCUUCCCCAGAAAGUGUGGUGAUGUAUGAGAGAUGUAGAGAUCCAAGGAGCAGCUGGUUUUCUACCACAGAUGGUUUCAAAGCCUUUUAACUCGUUAGUUGUGGUUUAUGGGUAGAAAAGACAUUCAAUUUUGUAGAUCAGUCUUUAAGCAAGGGCUCUGUUCCUGCUGGGAGACUCAUCAGAGAUUAUGCUGCAAAGUUGCUCUUCCCAGUUAUUCCAGACCUUCUCCCCAAUUUAAUUUCCAGAGCCUGUUGUAGACCCCCUGGAUUCCAUUUGAGUUACUUCUGACUGGGAUAUUUGUGUUGUAUCUGUAAUAUUGGCACUGAAAUAAAGACCAUGCGGUUUAAAGAGA